AUGUCGAUCACCGGCCACCACAUUCUAGUCUUCCCAUACCCGGCUCAAGGCCACAUGUUGGCUCUUCUUGAUCUCACACACCAACUAGCCACCCGAGGUGUAUACAUAACUAUACUUGUCACUCCAAAAAAUCUCCCUAGUUUAACCUCUCUUCUUUCAGCCCAUCCAAAAACCAUCGCCACCCUUGUCCUUCCUUUCCCGGCACACCCCAAUAUCCCUCCUGGUAUCGAGAAUACGAAAGACUUGCCAGUUGAUGGUUUCAAGGCCAUGAUGGUAGCUCUUGGUGAUCUUUAUAAGCCAGUCCUAGAUUGGUUCCAAAACAACCCUACACCACCUUCGGCUAUCGUAUCUGACAUGUUCCUAGGAUGGACAUAUAACCUGGCAUGCCAGGUUGGCAUCCACCAUUACACGUUCUCCGUGACAAGUGCUUUUAGUCUCUCGGUUAUAUUUUCUUUGUGGCGUUACAACCCCAAAUGGGAUGAUCAAGAAAAUGAGAAUGAGAUGAUAUUGUUCCCUAACAUCCCGAAUUUGCCAGAAUUCCCUUGGUGGAAGUUGUCUAUCGUGUAUAGAACUCACGUAGACGGAGACCCAUCUUCGGAAUUUAUUAAAACUGGGUUAUGCAAUACUAUGGCGAGUUGGGGAAUCAUAGUUAAUUCAUUUACUGAAUUGGAACAAAUUUACUUUGAUCAUCUGAAGGAUGAAGUAGAUCAUGACCGUGUGUUUGCCGUGGGACCUAUAUUACCUACUGGCAAUACAGGUAUGGGACGGGGCGGGUCUAGCUCAAAUGACGUCCUAUCGUGGCUGGACAAGUGUGGAAAUGAAGAGGUGGUUUAUAUCUGUUUUGGAAGUCAAUCUGUGUUGACCAAUGAUCAAAUGGAGGUUGUGGCAAGAGGGUUAGAGAAGAGCCAAGUCAAGUUUGUAUGGUCAGUGAAGGAGCCUACUGUUGGACACGUGGCUGGAAAGUAUGGGAGGAUACCAAUUGGGUUUGAAGAUCGUGUGACUGGGAGGGGUAUUAUUGUUAGAGGAUGGGCGCCACAAGUGGUGAUACUUAGUCACAACUCAGUAGGCGUGUUCUUGACACAUUGUGGGUGGAACUCAAUAAUGGAAGCAAUGGAGGCAGAGGUCCUAAUGUUGACAUGGCCAAUGACAGCGGACCAACACACGAAUGCAUCACUAUUGCACGAGCUAAAGGUGGGAAUUAGAGCAUGUGCAGGGGCAAAGACUAUACCUGACUCGGAUGAGUUAGCAGAGUUGUUUAUCAAAUCAGUGAGUGAAGAGGCAAAAGUCGAGAGAGAACUAGCCAGGAAGUUUGGUAGAACAGCAAAGCAAGCAAUAGAUAAAAAUGGUAGCUCGAUGAAAGAACUGGAUAGGCUGGUGGCUACGUUAGGUUGAAAAACUCGAUCAAAGUACUAUUACAUGAUAAGUUUGUAUUAUUACCAUCUGGAAGAUGCAAAUCCAGCAAAUUAAAACAUGGUUCUGA